AUGAACGAGGAAGAUGGUGAAGAAAAGCUGGUCUCCUUUGGUAAUAAAUCAGGAGCUAUAGGUCCUGUAAUUCCCCAUCCUCAAGACAGGAAAAUUGUAUCGGAAUUUUUACCAGUUCAAGUUUUGCAACCAAAAACCACCACAGAUUUAGACACAAACCCGGUCCUAAGUAAUAUAUCAGUUCCAAAACAGAUUAAUAUCGAUAUGGAUAUUGAUUCUCCAAUUGUUGAAAACAGCAUUCUACCUUUUCAAGAACAGGUCAAUCCUACGGUAAACUUCGAAAAUUCUACAAAUGAUAUUACAAAUCCUAAACCUCAAGCUAGUUUAUAUAGUAAUGCAUCGCAGUCUCUGACAGAACAUGGUAGUAGCAUUCUCAACUUGCAAAUACCUCUACAGACUGAUAUCAUUAUACCAAGUUCCGAAUCAAACGUUUCCAUCCCAGCCGCCCAUACAAUGACGAAUUCAAUACAAGUAGAUUCUCCCACAAAAAGACUGACUCCAUUGACCGUUGAUCUAUUUGAGCAGCAAGGUACUAAGAAUAUUAACAUAAACAUGAAUAUGAAUAAUGAUUCCUCGAUUGAUUUGAAUAGAAAAUUCCCUAAUUCUAAAGAUAGUCUAUCGAUUAGUCCUAAUGGUUAUGGAAAAUCUUUAAAAUUUUCCCUAAAUAGUGAUGCAAACAAAAUUAGAUCUAGUAUUUAUGAAUCUAAAUCCACAGUCAAGGCAAUCCCAAUAAGGAAAUCUAGUGGAACAUUUAAACAGCAUCAUAUGGAAAACGAGGAUUCGGCCUCUACAAGAAGUACCCCUUCCUCCAUGACUGCCUCUCUAUCUAGAAGUUUUUUAUUUGCAUUUUACAAUACAAAUAGGCAAAAGAAUAAGAAGCAGGCUGGUAUAUUAUCAAAAGAAUAUUGGAUGAAAGAUGAGAGUGCAAAAGAAUGUUUCUCAUGCGCAAAGACUUUUAAUACUUUCCGAAGAAAGCAUCAUUGCAGAAUGUGUGGUCAAAUUUUCUGUUCUGCUUGUACUUUAUUAAUGACAGGUGAAAAGUUUGGGUAUAAUGGUAAAAUGAGAGUAUGUUAUAAUUGUAGCAAGAAUAUUGAAAACUAUCAGGAUUCAAGUGACGAUGAGGAGGAUAUUUCUUAUGCGGCUGACAAAAUUAGUCAAUCAGGAAACAUAGAAAAUACGUCGCAUAGUAUACCACAAGGUACUCCAGAAAUACCGCAGGAUGACAGAAAUGGUUUGAACUCUAACAUAGGGCGUAGUCUAAAUACAGGAAAUCCAGAGUUAGAACAGCUCCAACAGAAGAUACUGCUUCUACAGGACGAUGAUGUCCACAGCAUUAUUACUUCUGGAGAUGACUCGAAAUUAUUUAUUCAAACACCACCACCACCUCCAAGAAUGACAAUACCUGCAACUAAGCAAGGUGGUUCACUUGAGAUUUUUUUCGAUAAUUCGUCUGUCUCAAUGGGUAAAAAUCUAAGCCAACAAUCUAUUCUAUCAGGAAUUGGAAUCCGUGACAGGUAUACUCUCCGAGAUAUCGAUUUAAUUCAAACUAGUCCUCAGUUUCAAUUCCAUGCUGAUGAUCAGUCAGUUAAUAAAUCUCCUCCAUUUCAAAAUCGUACUAAAAAGCGUGCAAGUAUGAACUCCCUAAGAAGAUCGAUUUUCAAUUAUGUUGGAAAUAAUACUAGGCAAUAUUUUGAAAAUUCUCCCCCUAAUUAUGCUGCUGACUCUAUAAUUGGAAAUAUUAAUAGAAAGAAUUUUAAGUUUGAAUUUAACUAUAUGCCUAAGAACACCCAGAAUCCUUUGUCUCAUGAAAGUUCUUCUGAAACUGUACUAUCUCUUCCUCAAAAGGAAAGCUCGAAUAAUACUGAAUCACAAAAUACAUUUAAUGAACAUAUUGAUUCAUCUGAAGAUGAAGGAUCAAUGUCUAUAUAUUCUUCAUUGCAUGAUAUUUCACAUUCAGAUAAUCCAAUACGGUCUAUGAGAAAUUCCAGCAGAUCAUCUCAAAGAGCCCAAGCAUCUCUACAAAGAAUGAGAACUAGAAGAAAGAGUAGGAGUAAGGGGGCAUCAAAUUCAUCCCUAUCUGCGUAUAGGAAUUUUCAAACGUUCACUCACAGUACUCCGAAUCUUAUAUCUGUUGUUUCAGAUGAUGACCACUAUAAAUUUAGUCAUACAAGUCCAACUAAAAUACCAGGUAAAGUUGGAAAUGGAAAUAUCUUUAGAAGACUAUCUAGUAUGUCUGGUGUAAAGUACUCCAAAGAAGCAGUGCAUGAAUUAAAUGAGGUUGCCUUGUUACAUAUGAAUUCUUUAUUAGAACAAGUAUUAGGUGACCAAGAUCUAUUAGAUACACAAACCUGGGUUACCUUGCUUACUCAACUUUUAAAAAAAGUUCAAACUAUUGAACUGACUACUAAAUAUUUAAAUACACUAGAUUUUAGACAGACAUUUGUUAAGAUAAAACGAAUACCUGGUGGUUCUAUUUCUGACUGUGAAUAUAUUCAAGGGGUUGUCUUUUCAAAAUCGCUACCUUCAAAGACAAUGCCUAAAUAUGUGGCUAAUCCACGAAUUCUGUUAAUCAUGUUUCCAUUAGAGUAUCAAAAAAAUGAAAAUCAAUUUUUAAGUUUAAGGACUGUUUUCGAUCAAGAAAAAGAGUAUUUAGACAAACUAGUAUUAAGGUUAACUUCAUUGUCUCCUGAUAUAAUAUUUGUCGGUGCAAACGUUAGUGGUUAUGCUUUAGAUUUAUUGGAUAAAGCAGGCGUUGUAGUUCAAUAUGGGAUCAAACCUCAAGUAAUGGAGCGCAUUGCAAGAGUAACCGAGUCAGAUAUCGCAAUUUCUAUUGAUAAAUUAGCAGCAAAUGUUAAAAUGGGAGAAUGUGAAUCUUUUGAAGUGAAAUCUUUUAUAUAUGGUAAUGUUUGUAAGACUUACACAUUCUUAAGAGGCUGCAAUGGAAGUCUUGGAAGUACAAUUUUACUCAGAGGUGCAGCAAAUGAUGUACUCCGAAAAAUCAAAGAUGUUACUGAAUUUAUGGUUUACGCAGUAUUUUCUCUAAAACUUGAAAGCUCAUUUUUCAAUGAUAACUUCAUCCAUUUGUCUACUGAUUUCUAUCUCAGAGAGAAAAUAGGCGAGCACUCUCUAAUAUCAUCUGGAUACUUUUCUGAUUUUCUGGACCAAUUUAAUAGAAGAAUUUUAUCGGUCUCACCAUCUGUAGAGUUUCCAAUUCCAUAUUUACUACAAAAAGCAAGAACAUUAGAAUUGCAAGUACUUGAUAAGAAACAUGCAUUUACUAAAUAUAUGAAAGAUACGUCCUUUUCUCCAGAUAUUUUACCACACUCAGUAUCCCAAUUAGGAAUUGCUUCAACUUUGACACAAAGUGAAAUUAAAUAUUUAGUAAAGUUUAUGCAUCAAAAAGAAUUAGAAUUCCUAGAGCUAGAGUUUGAAAGGAGAAGUCACCAAUGGGAAGUAUCAUAUUCGCUCUCCAAUAAUAUGCUAGGUACGGGGUCACAUCAAAGUAUUACGGUUCUGUAUUCAAUGGUUUCAAAGAAAACUGCUACACCUUGCACAGGUCCUCAAAUAGUGACAAUCGAUUAUUUUUGGGACAGUGAUAUAUCAAUUGGCCAAUUCAUUGAGAAUGUUGUUGGCACCGCAACGUAUCCAUGCCGCCAAGGAUGUGAUUGUUUGUUAAUAGAUCACUACAGAAGCUAUGUUCAUGGAUCCGGUAAAGUUGAUGUUCUAAUUGAAAAGUUUCAAACCAGAAUUCCGAGAUUAGCUGAUAUUAUACUUACUUGGAGUUAUUGUAAAAAAUGUGGAACAUCAACGCCAAUACUGCAAAUGAGUGAAAAAACUUGGAAUUUUUCUUUUGGGAAAUAUCUAGAAAUCAUUUUCUGGAGUAACAAGAAUAGUAUGAGCGAUAUUGGAAAUUGUAACCACAAUUUUACCAAAGAUCAUGUUAAAUAUUUUGCAUACAACGACCUUGUUGUUCGUCUGGAAUAUUCAGAUCUUGAAGUAUAUGAAUUAAUUACUCCCCCAAGGGUAAUAACUUGGAAAUCUGAUAGCGAUAUUAAGAUGAAGGUAGAGCUCUAUUAUCAAAUUUUGGAAAAGAUUAACAGCUUCUAUGAAAGCGUUACGGAAAGAAUAAACCGUAUUAAACUCGAUAGCAUUCCAAUUGAAAAACUGAGCGAUGCAGAAAAAUGCUUAGGAUCAUUAAGCGACAGAGUUAACGAAGAGAAGAAGUCUUUAUUUGAAUCUUUAGAUACUAUAUACCGCAAAUAUUCUGGAGACCAGCAUCUCCAGUUGAAUAAAGCUUUAAAAGCAGUUUAUGAUAAGGCCAUAACCUGGGAUUCUGAAUUUACCAAGUUUGCACAACACUUCCUUCCAUCUGAAAAUGAUGUCUCAAAAAUUACAUCAAAUCAGCUUAAAAAAAUAUUAAAUAAGCCACCGAAAGAAGAAAUUUCUAGAUCAAUUUCAAGGGAUAAUAGCCCAAAUACAAUUCAUAAAAAUAUUCUAAAUGAAACAAUACAUGGAGAUAAUUUCUUAGAUAUUCCAGGCAGGAACGAAGAUGAAAUUCCACCAGAAAGCUAUCCGGAUAAUUCAACAUGGCAUGACUGCACACCUAAUCCUGAGUCUACGAUUGAAAUUAACGACCUAGUUGAAAGCCCAGAAACAAGUUCUGAUAAAAUAAAGUUGAAUGAAGGUUCCAAAUCACUCCCUCAAUCCUUUGGAUCCUCUGAAAUACCUAUAUCAGCACAAACUAAAUCUAAGAGUGAAGGAAAUUGCAACUCAAAUCAGCCGUCUUUGAUGAAGGAGAACAUCAAAGAAACAAAAGUGGAACAGUUGGCUCAGUUUUUUAACCAAUUGCACUUGGAUGCUAUUUCUAAAGAAUUUGAACUUCAAAGGGAAUUAGAACGGCUUCAAUUAAAUCGAAAUAAAUAUAAAAUUAAUAGGUUGCACUCAUCUACGCCGAUUGCUGAGAUAUACAAGGAUGUACAAGAUGCAGUAGAAGAGCCUUUACACUCAAAUGAUGUGAAUACACCAGAAAAUAACUCUCUACGAAGUUUAAAAAGAAAGUCAGUAACUCCAUCUGUCACACAGAGUGCUUUGGGCCAAAACUUGGAGAACGAAUUAGAGAAUUCCAUUCAUCUUUGGAAUGAAUCAUUACUUCAUAAUGGUUCACCUCGAAUCAGUAAUUCAUCAGAAUCAGCUCGACCAAACUUAUAUACAAAAUUGGGAGAAAAGUUAGUCGAGUCACAAAAUCCGCACGAUGGCUUGGAACAAACGAAGAAUGAUACAAAUGUCCAACCUGAAAAGUCAUUAUUGAUGAAAACAUUAAAAACGUUUUGGGCAGAUCGUUCUGCAUCUUUAUGGAAACCACUAGAAUAUCCACUUCUUCCAACUGAGCAUAUUUUCGCAGAUAAUGAUGUUAUAAUAAGAGAAGAUGAGCCCAGCUCUUUCAUUUCAUUUUGUUUAAGCACUGCAGAUCACAAAAGUAAGAUGGCAUACCUACAUAAUUGGGACCCUCAAUUGAAGAAUAAUAAUAUUGAUGAAAUAUAUAUUGGCGAAGUAAAAGAAGAUUCGGAGUCAUCAAUCAAUACAGAGUAUAAGCAAGGAGAACUUUCAGAGGGCAAGUCUUUGAUCCUUGAUAACCCCCAUUCAUUAAAAUCGAAUAGUGUUCAUGAUCAUAUAAGCACGUUUUCAAAAAUGACUGGUGAAAUGAAAAAGCAAUCAUCGAAAGAUACAACAGCAGAUGAAAAGGGUAAUUUAGAAACAGUCAUGACUAAAAAAACUGCAGUUCAUUUAAGAUAUCAAUUUGAAGAAGGUGAGACAGUUAUGUCAUGUAAAAUUUUUUUUGCAGAACAGUUUGAAGCGUUUAGAAGAAGAUGUGGUUGCCAUGAAAAUUUCAUUCAAAGUUUAUCACGAUGUAUUAAAUGGGAUUCUAAUGGGGGUAAAAGUGGUAGUGGUUUUUUGAAAACUUUAGAUGACCGGUUUAUAAUAAAAGAACUUUCCCAUAUGGAAUUGGAUGCGUUUAUUAAAUUUGCUCCAAGCUAUUUUGAGUAUAUGGCGCAGGCAAUGUUCCAUGAUUUACCUACUGCAUUAGCUAAGGUAUUUGGAUUUUAUCAGAUUCAGGUUAAAAGUACUACUACCGGAUCGAAGAGUUAUAAAAUGGAUGUUAUUAUUAUGGAGAAUCUGUUUUACAAAAGAAAAACAUCAAGAAUUUUUGAUUUAAAAGGUUCGAUGAGAAAUCGGCAUGUUGAACAAACAGGUAAAGAAAAUGAAGUUUUAUUAGAUGAAAACAUGAUUGAGUAUAUUUAUGAAUCGCCAAUACAUGUACGCGAGUAUGAUAAAAAAUUGUUACGUGCUUCUUUGUGGAAUGAUACUUUAUUUUUGGCAAAAAUGAACGUAAUGGAUUAUUCUUUAGUUAUUGGUAUUGAUAAUGAUGGUUGUACCCUAACUGUUGGUAUAAUUGAUUUUAUUAGGACAUUUACUUGGGAUAAAAAGCUUGAAAGUUGGGUAAAAGAAAAAGGACUUGUAGGUGGUGGUAGUACAAAAUUACCUACAGUAGUUACACCAAAACAAUAUAAAAAUAGAUUUAGAGAAGCCAUGGAAAGAUAUAUUUUAAUGGUUCCUGAUCCUUGGUAUAGGCAAGAAUAA